AUGGGAGAAAAGGUCAACUCCUUCCCAAGCAUCUUUUAUCCGGGAUUUAACCACAGGACUCCAGAAAGGGAGGGCAGGAGAACCACGGUAAACACGAGCCGCCAUCAAGUUCAUUUCCCACAAGCCAGAGGGGGCGACCCCGGCUCCCCGGGGUCCUCCGUGCACACGGAGAGGGGACCUCACCGGGGUCUGCGUCCCCGGGGGUCGGGGAGCCAUUGGCCGGGCGGCUCAGAAGGCCACACACAGAGACGACCGGGCGCGGUCCCGUGUCCCUGUCAAGCAGAACAGGCCCAGGGCUGUGCCGACUCCACCGGGCCCGCCGCCCCCUCGGCCCCGCGUCGUCCCCGGCCGCUAACCCGGCGCAGCCCCGUCGCCCGCGUCCCCGCGCCAGCCUCCCGCGGCCUCGCCACACUCACCGGCCCGCGCGCCCGCAGCGCCGCUCAGGCCCCGGCUGCCCUGGCCGUCGCGCCCGGCGACUCCGCACCGUCACCGCAACCGUACCGAGCACGAAGCCCGGCCCGUCCGACCCCUCUGAGCCUCCGCCCCGGCCGGACCGCCGCCUUUUCUCCUCGGCCUCCAACCGCCACCGCCCUCCUCGUGCGCCCCGCCCCGCCGCGCCCCGCCCCCCUCGGCCCGGCAGCGGGCCCGCGCACGCACGGCCGGCGAGGACGCGCACGCUGUCCUCUGCCGGGGCCGCGACCUGGGGAGGGCGGACCGGAGAACGCGCUGGAGAGCGGCUGGUUAGGUGCGUCCCCGCCUCUCCCGGUGGUGCUCCCGCUGCUCGCCUCCCGCCGUGCUCCCAGCCCGGGUCCGCUACCGGACCUUGCUUUUCGGGAAGGAAUCCCAGAGCUCCUGUGGCACUGUAGAGGACGCUGGCACCGAGGAGCGCGCGUGACCCGUGCUUCUCGCUCGCCGGCCCGCUCGCACUCGCAGGAAAUAGGACUCUGCUGCCCGGCAGCCCGCUGAGGACGGCUUCCGUGGGCGACCCACGCGGCCUCCAGAGGGCGCGGCGCGACUUCUGGGAAACACCUUGGGGACAAAAGCGCGGUCACCCUGCUACACACAGUGCCCGUAGG